AUGGCCCAGAAACCUCUAAUAACGCAAGAAAAGCUGAAAGAGAAGCUUCAAGUCUCCAAUUUCGAGCCAAAUGCGAUCUUACGCGGGGCACAACUGACCAUUGUUGGAGCUCACCGUGCACUGCAAAAUCCGAAGCUCUUCACUUCUGAUCAUUAUAAACAAGCUGCAAUAGCUGUCGGGGUUGGCAUCGCCAUACGUCUAGCCAUCACAAUCCCUGUAAUUGGGAUAAAAGUGUUGCUAUGGGUACUGUCCUUCGUGGUCAAUUUCGAACAUGCUACUUGGGACGAAAAAGUGAUUAAUGGAUUGGACUUUAUGCAAAACUACGUCCUCCAAGUUCCACUGUUUCUUAUGACAUUAAUGAGAUAUGUCACUCCGACCUUGGAUAAUAUUACCUUAGGUUUAUGGACUCACGAUACAUACUAUGCGAAACACAAAGGCGAAAAUCCUUCGACUCUACGAGCCGAAUACUAUCCUAAUCUGCGAAAACAAGCUGUCAGAGAUGGAAGCACGCACACUACAAGCACAGCAGAGGCAAUUUCAAUGUUUCUUAUGCGAUUUGGCAAGAAGGCUGCGAUAUCACUUGUGGUAUUUGGUCUAUCUUACCUGCCCUAUGUAGGGCGUCUUGUUUUACCAGCGGCCAGUUUCUAUACAUUCAACUCGGUCGCUGGGCUGGGGCCCGCUGCUGUUGUAUUUGGGACAGGUAUUUUCCUUCCCCGGAGGUUUUUAGUCAUCUUCCUGCAAAGUUACUUUGCGAGUCGAAGUCUGAUGAGAGAGUUACUCGAACCAUACUUCUCCCGUAUUCGUUUCACCAAAGAAGAGAAGAAGAGCUGGUUCCACGAACGGGAAGGCAUUCUUUUCGGCUUCGGAGUCGGUUUCUACAUAUUCCAGAGGAUUCCUCUCCUUGGUGUCUUGAUUUAUGGUAUUGCUGAAGCAUCGACGGCAUAUCUCAUCACAAAAAUAACCGACCCACCUCCCCCGCCAUCUCAAAUUGAGGACUUUGCUGCUAGCCAAAAGCACUGGAAGAAUAAGCACGAAUUCCUGAACUUGAGGCUCUCAGAUCUCGACUCCAGCAAGGACUCGUCCCGCAACCAGAGCGAACAGGUUGCUGAGACUGGGGCAAUAUCAUCAGCGGUACCAUCGGAACCACCGCCCUCUUAUACCGAGCUCAAAUCGCGAUGA